UGGUUCAGUGCGGCACCAGGUCUCCCUGGCACCCGAGAGAUGUGGCACAGUGCGGCACUAAGUGUGGUGGCCCUAGAAACUAACAAUACACCAGAGGGGAAGGAAAACCUCCAAGGUUUUACUUUGCAUUUUUUUUUUGUUUUUUUGAGGACUUCAGCGGCGGCAUUGGUGGAGUACAAACGUGUAAAGAAACAAUGGCACCAACAGAGGAGCUUAGCUCUGGUGAAAUUUAUCCACUGAAGACUUGGGAAGAACUUCUGGAGUGGACAGGGCAAAAUCUUCACAACGUGAUUGUUAACACUAAGAAGCUUUGCUCUCGUGUUUCUCCUCAUUCACCAUCACAUCCAAAAACCCUUGUUUGUCAUGAUAUGAAAGGUGGAUAUUUAGAGGACAGGUUGUUUAGCGGAAGCAAAAACAAAGACGCCUACAGGUUUUAUCACUGGUCGGGAAUUGAUACAUUUGUGUACUUCAGUCAUCACUUUGUUACAAUUCCACCACCUGGUUGGAUUAACACAGCUCAUCACCAUGGAGUGAAAGUGCUUGGGACGCUUAUCACAGAGUGGGAUGAAGGAGCUAAUAUUUGUCAAAAAAUGUUAGCAAAUGAGGACUCAGUUGCAGCUUGUGUGUCUCAGUUGGUCAAGAUUGCCAAUUACCACAGUUUUGAAGGAUGGCUUAUCAAUAUUGAAAAUAAAAUAGAUCCUGAGCAGGUUGAGCAGUUGAGAGACUUUGUGCAGAAGUUAACACUGGCAAUGAAAGAAUCUCUCCCUGAUGCUCUUGUCUUGUGGUAUGACAGUGUUACCACAAGAGGAGAGUUGUGUUGGCAGAAUGAGCUCAAUAAUUACAACAGGCCAUUUUUUGAUGCUUGUGAUGGGAUUUUUCUGAACUACACUUGGACAAAUGAUCAUCUGAUACGCUCACGAGAAGUGGCUGGUGAGAGGACUGGCCAGGUUUACGUGGGUCUGGAUGUAUUUGGCCGUAACUUCUAUGAAGGAGGAAAAUUUAACACCCAUAAAGCUCUGGAGGCAGCACGAUUGCACAAUUUAUCAGCUGCUAUAUUUGCCCAAGGAUGGACACAUGAAACUCAAGAUAAUUUUGUAGAAGCUGAGAAGAUGAUGUGGAGCUCCUUGGCCCCUUACCUUGCACAUCAUGGGCCUUCCUGCUUACCAUUUCGAACAUCUUUCUGCCAAGGCUUUGGAUCAAAACAUUUUCUGCGAGGGAAGAUUGAGGGAAGUAAUCCUUGGUAUGAUCUGAGCAAGCAGCAGUACCAACCUCUUUGGUCCCAAGAACAAGGCUCUGCCACAAUGACCCUUGAAACAACUGAAGCCUUCACUGGCGGUGGCUGCUUACGACUAACCACAGUCUCUCCUUCAACUGUCAGGUUAUUCGUGUGUGGAAUAAGCUGGAGGGUGGCACUAAUUGUGUCAUUGUGUUACAAGUGGUGUGGGCCAGUUGUUCCCUUCAGCCUUGAGCUACAUCUGGGUCCAGCCACAGUCACCAGUGAUACACCUGUAACACAAAGGAUAGUAACUCUGAUAUGUGAGAAUAACUCUGGAAAACUUGAGGAUAAUGCUCAUAUUGAAGAGAAUGAAAAUUUGGCAUCAGGAAAUUCACUUGAAAGCACAGAGCAAGUAAUGACAGAAAAUCCUGAUCAACCACCAAUGGUGGUAGAUACUGAAGAAAAUGGAUGGACGAUAAGAUCAUUCUCAAUUAAAGAAGUGGAAGGAAAUGAAUUAAAGCAAAUAGACCUUAAACUAGAAGGAGCCUCAUCAGUGUUAGUUGGAGAACUGGACUUAACUAACCGCUGUAUAAAAGGUCUUGGUUAGCCGAGUUGUGGCUUGGCAAAGUAUGUAUUGUACAGUAAACCCUCGAUUUAAUGGACCUCCAUUUAUGGGCUUCAAAUAAUAUGGGACAGAAUCUGCUGAACUGUAGUAUCGGCACACCUCUGGCAAGAGUGAUGGAGUUAGUGAUGAUGAAAGUGUUUAUUCUUUUUUGGGUCACCCUACCUUGGUGGGAAAUGGCCGAUGUGCUAAACACAAAGAAAAAGUGUGGUGUCAACUGACUCGGAAACAGUGGACAAAGUCCAUUAGUCACAGAAGUGCUGAGUAAUGUUACAAUCAGAUUCACUUCUAUCACCACAGUCACCAUUACUGGCCAUCCUCUUACCCUUAUUAGUCCAUUAAAUUGUGACUUUACUAUGGGUUUCCAUUUACUGUUUUAAGUGCUUGUGGUUUUUAAACAAAAUAUUUAAAUUUAAUAUAAAUUUUUUAUGAGGUGAAAUAUUGGCUUAUAUAGACACCUGCUUGAAAGCCUUCAUUCAUGAAAAAAAUUAUAAACACGAUUACGCUCCUGAAUUUUACUUAAGUUGUGGAGAAAAUAAUUGCAAUGAUUUAUGUAAAUAAAAAAUUUUAUUUUAUGGGCCAGAAUAUAAAGAGACAUGGUACCAAUUUGUCAAGCCACCUAAUUGUUGUCACUAGACUCUCCAGUAUCAGAUAAAAACGUUCAACUUCCAUGUUAACUACAGUAUUAACAACUAUAUAUACUGUAUUAUACAAUUUUUGACUUUGGUUUAUGCAAAUUAUUUUAUUCUUUACCCUUCAAGGGGAUUCUUUGCUGCAAUGAAAGGCUCUUGAUACAGUGAAUCUGAGUUACCUCCCUUUCCUUGGAUCAGUCCUAAAUGCCCCAUACCCCUUUUUCUCCCAUAAAUAGUGGGGAUGUUUUUUCAUCAAAAAAUUUUGUGACUUAAAGCCUGUGCCUUGGCUUAAACUGUGGCACGUGCCCAUGCGCCAUGAUUGCUACUAAAGUCACUGAUGCUGAUACCACUGAGUGAGAGGGCAGUGAGAGGUGCAGUGGUUCGCUGCUCACACCAGAUGAUCUUCCCCACCUCUGCACAUAUUUCAGUUUCUUUCUUCCUCCUCAUGCCUCACCCAGUUUAUUGUCUAGAUAACAUGUGCAUAAUCCUGUUUAAACAAGAUAAUAAUAGUGAUAUGCUGUAUAUUUUUGUAACUCUCUCAGAAGCAGGUAAACUCUACUGUAUGUGAUAUUUAAUUCAGUAUUAGAGUGCAUAAUAAAGGGAUGAGGAAUCCCAGCCUUGUGCUUUGGUGAGAAAAUCAUAGCAGUUGGACAGGGUCUUUUCACAUCAUUAAUAUCUUGGACUAAGAAAGGACAGAUGAAUAAAACAUGUUCAACACUUAGGUAUCUUUAUUGUGGAGAUGUUUCACCCAGCAGUGACUUUGCCAAUUCAAAAUUGAGAAUAAUAGGGGAGACAUCAGAAGAAUGUCUACACAGUAUCUCGUGUCUUAUUCAUUUACUUGUCGGUUUUGUAUGCCAUUAAUACAUGAGGGGACAGACGUGUCGUACCAUGCUCUGGCUUACAGUAAUUAAAAUUAGUGUUACUGUACUCCAGGAUGAUUUGAAUAGACUGAUGCAGUGGUCGGAGAAGUGGCAGAUGCAGUUUGAUAUAGACAAAUGCAAAGUUCUAAAUGUUGGACAGGACAAUGACCAUGCCACUUAUAAACUAAAUAGUGUAGAUCUUAAUACUACUGAUUGCAAAAAGGAUUUAGGAUUUCUGGUUAGCAGUAAUCUGAAACCAAGACAACAGUGCAUAAGUGUUCCCAAUAAACUUAACAGAAUCCUUGGCUUCAUAUCAAGAAGUAUAAAUAAUAGAAGUCCUCAGGUUGUUCUUCAACUCUAUAUAUCCUUGGUUAGGCCUCAUUUAGAUUAUGCUGCACAGUUCUGGUCACCAUAUUGCAGAAUGGAUAUAAGUGCACUGGAAAACAUACAGAGGAGGAUGACAAAGCUGAUCUCAUGUAUCAGAAACCUUCCCUAUGAGGAUAGACUGAGGGCCCUGAAUCUGCACUCUCUAGAAAGGCGUAGAAUUAGGGGGGAUAUGAUUGAGGUGUAUAAAUGGAAAACAGGAAUAAAUAAAGGGGAUGUAAAUAGUGUGCUGAAAAUAUCCAGCCAAGACAGGACUCGCAGCAAUGGUUUCAAGUUGGAAAAGUUCAGAUUCAGGAAGGACAUAGGAAAGCACUGGUUUGGUAAUAGAGUUGUGGAUGAGUGGAACAAACUCCCGAGUACCAUCAUAGAAGCUAAGAUCUUGUGUAGUUUUAAAAAUAGGUUGGAUAAAUACAUGAGUGGGUGUGGGUGAGUGUGAGUUGGACCUGACUAGCUUGGGCUACCAGGUCUGGUGCCAUGCUCCUUCCUUAAGUGGAAGUGACCUGACUAGGUGGUCAUUGUUCUAGGCCAGGGGGUGGCAUGGCAUGGACCUGCUUUGCAUGGGUCGUUAGGCUUGUUGCAGUGUUCCUUCUUUCUUAUGUUCUUCUUAUGUAAUUGUAUGUGCCUAUGGAAUAUUUAUAUCUUGUGAUUUUAUAUUAUUAUUGUGUGUUUUAACCAGAAAGUAUUGAGAGAAUUUUUUUUUAUCUCCAGUGGUAUGUAAGUUUACAGUGUAAUAGGAUUAAGUAAUAUAUUGUGUGCAUUGUUA